CGAUACCAUCCUCGGCAACGCUUCGCCCUUCACUGCCGUUCAGCGUGAGCACCCGCAAGCCUGCGCCCCCACGGCUUUUUCUCUACAGCACUUCUCCAUCACAGCACCAACGUCCCCCCAGCCCAAGCCGUGAGAGCAGCGUCUGCUCACCAUACACCGCAACCUGCACUGCGCUCCCUCACGCAUCAUCAUCUGCGUAUGACGAGUCGCCAGCCCUCUCACCUGUGCAGCCCAUCCUCAACCCCCGCAUCUCGCUCCCAAGCCUCACCACCCAGAGCGCGACCGCUAGCCUCAGCAGCCUAGCUACCCCACACACCGCCUCCCGUCCGCCGUCCCGCCCUCAAUCUCGUCCGUCCUCGCGCCCGAACAGCCUGCACCCGGCACAGUUCCGGAACUCGCAGCACCUCAACUCGUGCCCGGGGUCUGCUGCCGUGAGCAUCGCGGGCGACGUCGAGGAGGAGGACGAGGAGGAGAAGACACCCGAGAGCCGUCCGGCGAAGAAGAGCUGGGUGCACGCGGCCGUCAAGACCUUUAGCACCCGCGUGAGUGAGUGGGCGGGCAGCGCACGGCACCCGCCGUACGCGUACGGACACGUCCUGCCGCCGCAGGGCGUCCACACGCACUCGCUCAGCCGCCAAUGCUCGCUCUCUCGUGCGUGUCGCGAGACGGACGAGCUGGUGGCAUCCUCCAGUGCCGGGCCAUCGCGCGAGCCAUCACGACCGCCCAGCCCGAAGCCCAGCGUGCCGAUCCCGCGGGUGGGGGUCCCCAGCCAGGGAGGCUUCCGGCCGCGAACGCACCGUGCGUCACCGCAGCCGUUGUUCCCGAUGCAGGACGGGCUCGCGCGCCCCGGCGCCGAGUUCUUCGUGCAGGAAGAGCUGAACAGGCAGCGGCAGGCGGAGAAGAGCAGCAAGGCAGCCCCCGCGGGGAAGCGGGAGAAGGAGCGGGUGGUGCGUCUCGGACGCGGCCUUGCGCCGUCGUCGCGCGUGCAGAGCCGGGUCGACCUCUCGUCGAUGUGGCGUCAGCCGCCGGGGCGGAAGAGGACGACGGCGACGUACAUCCACGAAGACGAGCUGCACGUGUUCGACGAGGAAUCGGAGAAGGAGAAAGAGGCGUUCCAGGCUAGGGGUCGGCGCGCGGAGCGGCAGGAGAGGACCUUCGCGAUCAUGCAGGGGCUGGGAGGCGUCGUGCAAUAGUGAACACCUCCCGUCGACGAUCUCUGCCUCUGCCUCAGCCCUUCAUCGCACUCAUCAUCAGACCCUCUUGUGACCAUCUCCAGCAAGUCCCGCGUCGCCUGGACGCCCAUCAAAACACCCCUACGGACUCUGGAUUGUUGUACUUUUAAAAACUUUUGCUCCAUCUCUUCCUUUUUCGCAUCCGUUUUCCCCUUGGAUCCACUGCUAUGAUCAGCAACCACCGCUCACGCGAAAACCUGCGCUCUGGCCGACAUUUUUUUCUGGCCGGCGCGGACUCUCCUGCUUGUGCUUUUGAAGGCCGGCCCCCCACACUGAUUGGCCGCUCGACGCUCGUUUCCGCCGCUCACUUUUCGUCUCUCUCUGCUCAGCAACUCAUCAUCGCCAUCGUCAAGCACGCAAUAUUGAUAUAUAUAUACGCAUACAAUCACAUAUACCGUCGUCAUCUUUUGCACUGCUAGUGCGCCCUCGCCCACCUUCACUGCCUUUUGAUAUUCCUUUGUGUAUGGCUUCAGUGUUUUUUUAUCCAGCAAGUUUUUCCUUUACAUGCAUGCAUCGCACUCAUCUCGUAGCACGGCUCUAUAGAGGUUCUCCCGCUUUUAUUUGUUUUUUUUCAUCCUGCUCUUUGCACUCGGUGUCGCACACGUUGUGGAUGUAGCCAUGAUAUGACGUCUGGUUUGUGUCUUGGUAUACCAAUAGAGGAAUUGCAACAGCUCGAUCGAGAG